AUGUCUUCAGGUUGGCAGACCCCCCAUAGAUCAGAGCCAAUGCCAGAAAUCAUGGUGAAAAUCAUUGGAAGUAAACUCUUUCGAUAUGUUGUGGAAAAGCCAAUGAUAAAGCAGAAUGAGAAGUUGAAGACAGAACCUCAAACCACACUCCAGAAACCCGGGGCUGAUUAUGCAAGGCAGGUGAGCAGAGACCUGCUAAGACCCACCGACCCUUCUGAACAGCAAAUCACUGCUAACCCAGCUGAUAAGGAAGACAGUAAGCACCCAAUCAGAAAUCAGAAAUCAGAGAGCAGUCAAAAGUUCUUAAAAGGAGAACUCAGUAACAGAUUCCUGGAUGGCAGGAUUUCCCAUGAGGCAAAUGUCUACUGCAGCUCAGUACCAACUGGAGACCAGUCUCUAUCCUAUAUACACUGUCUCCCCAGUAGAAAAUCUAGAGAUUGGUCCUUGGAAUAUAUAACAAAGGACAGCUCUGAACAACCUGAGGAAAUUAUCCAAAGACCAAGUAUAAUGACAAGUGAAGAUUCUUUUCUACUCACUUUGGUCAGAAGAGAACUCAAGUCAUGCCCAUUGAGCUCCAGCCUAUGGGACAAACUUCUGAAAGAGCUGAAGACUCUGGACCCCAUCUCUUCAGGGUUUCUCCUCCAGUCACAGUUAAGCCGCCUCUUCCAAAGACUUGAAGUCCCUCUUCAGUUCCCAACAGUCAAGCUCCUCUGCCAAAAAUUUUCCAGAAGGGAUUCUCCUGAAAUGGUGAAUUAUGGAGAGCUACUCUGCUUUUUAAAAGAGGCAAGUUCAGAUAAAUUGCAGAAAAAUGGAACUGCUGUACACAGUAACCCAAGGAACACUCCAAGACAAAGCCACCAUAGACAAAGAAUACUACCUCAAGGUCCUGGUUUACUGUCUGAAGUGAACAAGAGCUUGCUGGAGAUUUUGAAAAUGGCACUAAGAACAUGCCAAGGCAAAUUCAACAUAGACAACCUCAACCUGAGCCUUCAAAAAGAAGAUCACUCAUUCUCUGGCUGCCUCCCUUUGCCCAAGGUCAGGGCUAUAUGUGGCAAGCAUGGAUUGUAUCUAACCUUGACCCUGCUGGAAACAUUGCUUAACCACCAAGAUUUGGGUUACCAAGGUGAAAUAAAGUGGAGGAAUUUUGUUAAGUGGCUAAACAGGGCUUCUUCUGAGUUGUUGUGUGAUUUGCCUGUAGGAAAGAAUGAAAAGAAAACCCCAGGGGACUUGGUUGAAGUCCCUGAGAGACCCCAAAGCAAAACUGAACAUAUGAAAACUCCAGAAGAGAAUCCAUGGCAAGAAAACUCUACCACUAUGACUUCAGUCCCACCAGAUCCAAGGAACUCCUUUAAGAACAGGCCAGCCUCUCAGCCUGUUUUGAGUCCGGCCAUGAUGAAGGAUGCUGAACAACCUGAGCUCUGGAUAGACAGAUUCAGAAAGCUGGAAAAUGCCCUCUACUUAUGUGACCUUAGCAACACUGGAGUUUUGGAGAAGGAGAGAGCCAGACGCCUCAUACACAACUACAAUCUCAUUUACAACUUGUCCCUGAGUCCUCGGAGAAUUGACCAGGCUCUGCGGAGGUUCCGUUCUGGAGAAGAUGUAAUCUUGGAGCCAGCACUGCGGUAUUUAAAGGAGCUGUGA